CACGCCUGUACCAUUUGUAAAAGUUAUCCAUCGUCCACCGUCCAUCGGUGAAUAUAUCCCAGCCUGCUAAUCGCGGUCAUUCCGCAUUCACUCGCUAGCGUCGCAUCGCUGUUCGCAGUUCGCACGCUCAGUUCGAAUUUGGCGCGCAACCGGUACCGGUCAGGCAGCCAGCGACGUGCGCGCCUUUGCCAUAAGAAGUUGUGUUGAAAAACGAAACGAAGCAAAGGAGCGAAAAGUUUUGUUUGUUGUGUUUUGUGUUUACUUUUUGUUUUUUGUAUGGAAGUCAAAGAACUGGUUUUAUUUUAUAAUGAAAGAUUUUAGUGCAAGUGUAUUUCUCUAGUAAGGAAUUAUAAUAAUAAAAUAAGCAAUAAAUACAGUGCCAACGGAUACAUACAUGGUAUCUCCGACGACGCGUACGCUUACGUCCGAAUAGUAGUACUACCUCGUACUAUAAACAAGUAAUCGUAGUAUUCAUAAUGGAUGGCGAAAGGAAAAUUCAUAUGAGCGAAGGUGUCCCCUUGAACUCACCAGGUGCGGCUAACAUUUUUCUGAAUACUGGCAAAAAUACAAAAGUAAAUUCACCCGAAGGGACUGUCAUACAUCUCAACACAGAGAAACCAUCAGACCUCGGCGUGCAUAUAAAUACGACGUUCUCAAUAGCGUCUUCCAAGAAAAUAAAGCUUUUGUUCGUGUUGAAUUUUUUGUUAAGCGUUAUUUGCAUGGUAUUAAGUUGUUCGAUAGCGUUCUACUACUGGAACGAAAUGAUAUCGAUGAGGAGACAGCUGGACAUGAUAAACGACCACUUUAUCUUACACAACUUGAACCAGGACAGAGGGGUACAGAGUGCACUGGUGGCCCGCCCAAGGCCGCCGGCUGAGGGCGACGCGCGGGAGCCGAGAGCAAGGCCCUUUGAUGACGAUGACACUCCACAGAGUGCUAAAAAAUACUAUGUCGAAAAUCUGGGAGAAGAUAUCCAUUUGGUAGACUCUAAGAAAAAAAAUUCAAGCAAAGGCAAUGUUCCAGUUUAUGACCUGACUAUCCUACAAAAAGAGUUGGUUGUGGUUCAAUAUAACGGUGGCCAGAAAGAAGUUAAUUUGGGAACCCAAUCAAUCAUAGGUCCCUGGAUUCGAGAUGAGGAGGUGUCUUCGAAGAAUAGCGCAGACAAGUUCGAGCUGACGAACAAUUUCGUCGUCAUCAAAGAAGGCGGCCUGUAUUUAAUUUAUGCUCAGGUGGUGUACCUAACACAAUCACCGAACUGCUACUACAUAUGGGCGCGUCAAACGGGGAAGGAUCCCCGUCUGCUCUCAACUUGUGCAACAGGAGACGACUCGAGCAACCGUCCGCUCAGCAAAUCUCAAAUGUCUUGUUCCGUGCAAACAAUCGCAAGGCUUUACAAAGGGGACACUGUGAACAUUGCUCAAAGAGAACCGAACAGAACUGUAUGGCUCCGACCAGGGCUUCGGUUCAGACGAGAUUUUCGGGUUAUAGUCAGAUGUUUAUCCGACAAGCAAUCAGAUGGCGAUGGAAAAGUGCCAGAAUCUAAAGAAAAACCUGUAGUAACACAGAAGUCUUCAGAGAACGCCACUGAAAAGAUCCAGGAACUCUUGAAGUUGAUGUUAGCUGAACCGAAAAUUAAGGAAAGUGAAUACAAGGAUAAGUUUGCUACUGCACCAGUUAUACAGAGACGUAAGAAGGGCGAUGAAAUUGAAGUCAAAACAGAGAAAAUAGAGGAAAGCAUCACAAAAGCUGCUGGGGAAGUGGCGCAGGCUAUUGGUGGGAAUGUGAAGCAGACGGAGGCUGAGCUGCUGUCCAGGGUGCUGGGCAAGAUCAACCAGUCAUCCACUACUCUUAGUGAUCUCCUCGUUGGCAUGAAGGUGGACCGUUCAAAAGAGGGAGAGGAUCAGAAACCACAGGAGACAAGAGGUCAGCAAGUCAAGCGUCUUGUGUCUAAAACUAAAGUAACACAGGAGACGAGGUACUCUCAGAGGAAGGCCAAGCCUGCUGAUGGUGAACCAAGAGGAGAACGAAGAACACCAGCAGUAUCGCAGCCGACAGUAGUGAACAUAUUCAGUGGGCAACCAUUAGGUAUCUUCAAAGCUAAAGAAGCCAACUAUGGUACGACACUAGACGUCUGGGAGAAGCUGAAGCAAAGAGAACUGACCCUUGCCACCUUACAGCAGCCCGCCAACUACUUCCAGAAGAUGAUUCUCUGGACAGAGCAGGGCAAGAUCUGGAAAUUCCCUAUUGAUAAUGAACAAGGUUUAGAAGAAGAGCAGAAUGUUCACUUUUCGGAGCACAUCUUCCUAGACUCCCACCUCGAAGGCUGGUGCCCCAAGAAGGGUCCAAUCAGACAUUUUAUGGAACUUGUAUGUAUUGGUUUGUCGAAAAACGCAUUCUAUACAGUACAGGAGAAGAGAGACCAUAUCAUGUGGUACAAAGAGUAUUUUGAAUCCAAGAAAGAUCUACUCACAGAGGUUGGUGCUUGGGAUCAGGCAGCCAAGACCAGUGCAGAAGCGAGCCAGAGUUAAUUUGUAGAUUUUAUAAUAUGUAUGUAAGUUAUGAAAUAUAAUUAGUGUUACAUGUUA